CGUGCUCAGCCUGAGCCAUGCCUUCAUAUCGAAAUUUACGUAGUACAUUGAAUGUGCCAACAGGACUUCUCAUAAAUGCAACAUGAGUAUGUAACGUAGGACGUCACUCCACUAAAAACUACCAAAACAAACGUUCAGAGCCCGCGGUAGUAGUGGCGGAAACACGGAAUGAGGUGAUUGUGGCUGACUGAGCGUCCGCUGUGAGGCAAUCCACGGCGGGAAUUAAUCGACCCGGUUGCGAUGCGCGAAGCGACUACACUUUGCUAAGCCGUAGUGAAAGGUAGAAUUGUCACACGAUGUCGAGCAAACCGUCCAGGCCAGCUCCGCCCCCACCGAAACCAGGUAGCGUGAAAGUUUUCCGGGCGCUCUACAAGUACCAAGCUCAACAGCAAGAUGAGCUGUCGUUCGAAGAAGGGGACUUGCUGUACGUUUUCGACAUGACGUCUGAUCCCAACUGGUGGAAAGCACGGUGUGAACGUCGGUCGGGGCUUAUACCGAGUAAUUACGUUGAAGAAAACGCAGAGGAAGUUCUUCAUCCUCUUCAUGAAUCAGCAAAACGAGGCAACCUGCAGUUCCUAGAAGAAUGCCUUUCCAACAAGGUUUCAGUCAAUAGUCUCGACAAGGCUGGAUGCACAGCAUUGCACUGGGCAGCACACGGAGGUCACACCGAGUGUGCUCGAAUGCUCCUGUCCAUACCUGGCGUUCAAGUUGAUGUACAGAACAAACUUGGCGACACACCACUCCAUUCCAGUGCUUGGAAGGGACAUAGCAACAUUGUAAAAAUGCUGCUCACUGCAGGGGCCAACAAGAAUCUUAAGAACAAAGAAGGAAGAACGCCACUUGAACUUGCAAGUGAUCCAGAAACUGUUGCCUUACUGAAGUCACCUCAAAGGACCUCUAUUUCUGCAGAUCCUGAGGAGUACCUCCAGUCAGAUGAGGAUUCAAGUUGAUUGGUAAUUGGCACUCAUUUCGAAGGCCUCCAGCCUUGCUUGUUUUUACAAUUAUGGACUAUGCAUGAGCAGAAUGCAUAAGAAUUUUAUUCAGAUGACGUGGCAUUAAAUGUUUUUUUAUAUUGAAACU